AUGUCACCGGCUUCGUUUUUCAGCAACACGCAGUCGCCCAUCGGCACGCCUGCGCGGGCUCCGGGCUCAAAUGGCCUCCAAGAUAGUACCCACGCCUCUCUCUGGGCCCGCGUGGAGUCAGGCAUGCGGAAUACGCAAGACGUUGGCAGCUUGCUCCAUGAACUCAUGGUCCGGUAUGAAUACGUUAGCCAGGAGUACCAGCGUCUAUCUGCCGAGCAGGGCGGAGACCGUGACACGCUUCUGGCUCUAGAAACCGAGAAUCGUUCAAUGAAGAUGGCGUUGGACCGGGACCCGUUUGUCGUAGUUCUGAUUGACGGAGACGGUAUGAUUUUCCGGGACGAGUUUAUUCGCGAUGGUGAGAAUGGCGGGCGACGGGCAGCCGUUCAGCUUCAUGCCGCUAUUGCCGACUACAUCGAGCGCGAGAAUCCCAUCAUUCCAAUCCAAUCCCGAAUCUUCUGUUACAUUUGGGCCAAUGUCAAGGGCCUCGCUGAGGUGCUUGUGCGCACCGGCGUCAUAGAGCAGACCCGCCAGUUCGAAGACUUUGUGCAAGGCUUCACCUCGGACAAGGGUCUGUUCAGUUUUGCCAAUGUCGGGCCGGGCAAAGAUCGGGCGGAUAAGAAGGUGAUCGAACAUUUCAAAGCAUUUGUCAACAAUCUCCACUGUCGGCAGAUUUUCUUCGGAUGCUCUCAUGAUAACGGAUACGCCCGGACGCUUGAAGAGUACAUGACCGAUGGAGUAUACCGGAGUAAGGUAACACUCUUGGAGGGAGUCCCAUUUGAGAAGGAGCUGCUGGUCCUACCAUAUCGAACCAAGAAGUUUGCUGGCAUCUUUCGAGAAUCCAAGCUUUCUGUGUGGGGAGGGAAUGGAGUGGCAACAGGUUCCCCGGCUGUGAAGUCUUACAACAUGCUCAGCGGUCUCCCAACUAAGUUUCCUCCGCCUCCGUCUCGCACGGCUAACGGCACCCCGAACCUUUUGUUGGAUAGCCCCGUUUUGGCCCGGGUCGCUCCGAGUCUCCCACGGACACCCUCGUCCUCCACUCUAGCGUCCGACGGCAUGCCAGCCAUCAAACCAGUCAUCACCGGCACGUGGGCAGCAAAGGCCUCACUUCCCGCCCCGCCUGUUACGCACUCGCCUACGUACAAACCUGCCAAUCGCGAAGAAAUCAUCGCCCGUAACCGAAUGGGUCAGCGAGUCGAUCCUCCCUGCCGCGACUACGAUAAAUCCGAAGUCGACCGUCUGAAGAAGGUCAAGCUGUGCAAUGUCCAUUUCCUGCGUCAAGAGUGCCCGUAUGGCCACAAGUGUACCCACUUGCAUAACUAUAAGCCUACCGAUGGGGAGAUAGCAACUCUCCGGCUCGUGGCUCGCAUGGCUCCCUGCCAGAAUGGUAGUGUCUGUCAAGAUAUCAAAUGCAUCUACGGCCACCGCUGCCCAGCGCCGCCUUCGAAGACGAACCAGAUUAAGGGCACCAAGACCUGCAUUUUUGGCGAGAUGUGCAAGUUCCCGCCAGAGCUGCACGAUAUCGACUGCAACGUCGUCAAGACAUUGGUGGUCCGUUAG